AUGAGAGAAGAAUUAACACUUCUGGAUCUUAAACGAAAUAUUUUCUGGGCAGAUUAUUAUUCUGAAAAACAUCGAUUCAAAAAUUUUAAUCGAAGAAAACAUGGUGUUACCAUUAAUGAUGAUUUUUUAAGUAUUCUAGCAAAUAAUCAAUUUUUGACUGCUUAACAUUUUGUUUUUUUCUAGUCACUGUUUACAUAUUAUUAUGGAGAACAUCUAGUAUAUUUUAAUCAUUAUCUAAUUAGGUACUAUCAUUAGACUGUCAUCUUUUUCCAGAGUUCAUUCCAGAUAUUACAAAUUCUAUUCUUCCAAAUAUGAUGGUUACUUAAUUUAGACAAGAUUCAACUCAGAAUUCAUAAAAUUCUUUUACAAACUUUGAAUUAUUUUAGGAAUAAGAAUAAAAGUAAAUUGAACAUGAUUAAAGUGAAAAUUUAUCAAUUUUCUCUAAAACUUUAAAUUUCAUAAAAACUCUUAACCCAUUAAGAUUUUUCUGGAAAAAUAAACCGAAAUAAGAAGAUGAUUUUAAAGAGAAUUAUUUUAAUUAGUAUAAAACUAAUAGUUAAGAAAAUGUAGUUAAUUAAUAAAAUUAAGAAUUAUUGUAAAAGUUCAAUUUCUAAGUGAAAAACAUUACAUAUAUAAAAAAAGAUCCAUUAGAACCUACAUAAGUAAUUUCAAAAAGCGAAAUGAAAAUAAGCAAUGUCAUUUUUCUUGAAAAUGAGAAAGGAAGAUAUCAAUUUAAUAAAUUAAAUAUCUAAAUAAACAACUUAAAGAAUAGAUACAAAUUUUCUUAAAAUCUUUAAAAUAAUUUUUUUAGCCUUUUCAAAUAUACAUACAUUCCAAUUAAUUUAUAAAAUAAUCAUUGGCUUUGUGCUAUUAUUUAGUUUUAAGAAAAUAAAAUAUAAUAUUUAGAUUCUAAUUAUUCAAAAUAAGAUAAUGUUGUUGAAGGCUUGGAAAAAAUGCUAAACUACAAAAAUGAAAAUACUAAAUGGUAAAUCACAUGUGAUAGUCCUAAGCAAGAAAAUAGGUAUAAUACUUGUUUAUAUAAAAAGUUUUGAUUGUGGAAUAUUCUGUUUGAUGGCCUUAUAUUAACUUUAUAAAACAAGUAAUUUAAUUUAAUAUAACCAAUAUAAUUAAUAAGAUAUCAAUAGUUUUAGAAAAUAAUUGCUUUACUUAGCGAUUAUUGAGAGUCAAAUUGAUAUCAAUUAAAAAUUACUAAAUAUUAUUUUAGAUUUUAAACAUAAGAAUUGA